CUUAACCAUAAACGGUAAACCCGACUUGACCCGACCAUGUCGGAUUUAUGUGAUUAGAGAGUCCGCCGUCAAAUUGGAACUUCUCGACCAGUUCGUUCUACCUCCGAUCAGAGUUGCAGAUUAUAAUUUGAAAGUUAAUUUAAAGAAUAGAAAUGCCAUCUCUUCAAACAGCACUUCCUCCUGAGCUCGCCAACAACGCCAUUAGGCUAUAUCGCGAGUGCCUGCGUAGAGCCAAGUACGUUGGUCAUAAGCAACAUAAUACGGAGCUCGUUGUUCAAAUGGUGAGGCAGCAAUUCAGAAAACACAUGCAUGAAACGGAUCCUGACAAGAUUCAAAAGCACUUAGAUGAUGCUGCAAGAGGACUUAUAAAUCACAUUUUAUAUGAGGCUGAAGAGAUAACCGGCAGAAAAUUCAGUUGAAGUCCAUAAUGAUCUGUUGCAGAUGUUUUAAAGUUUCAAAGUUGUUGACUUUUGCUUUUCCAGGUUCAAAUCUUCAUUUAAUAAUCUCAGUUGUAACUUGAAUUUAAUGAAGUUUUGCAGUGAGCUUUACAUUGUAUGGUUCACUUAUGAGGUUUAUACAUGUUUGCUUCUAUUUUGGAUCAAA